AUAGGGACACCUGUAACAUUGUAAAGAGAAUAGCUCACGCUGUCAAUCAGCGAUGAAAUGUUUUCACCGGACUGACUUCAUUUAUAAAUGCUAAAAGUAUACAAUUCUCAAGGUUGACACCGUAUUAGCUGGGUAAUUUAACGAACUACUUGUAAAAUUAGAUUUAGAUUACUUAAUUAAGGAAUAAGGCAGCAGGUUGUGUUAUAUAAAAUAAUUAAUGACAUGGUGGUGUGGACCAUUGAUUAUUUUCUCAUAACAGCACCUGUUGGUUAACAACAAAGUUUUAUUAAAGAUUAUUUUAUUUAAGGACAGCACUGACUGAUAGCAAGGUCAAACUGUUUGUUGGGCAGCUUUUAAUUAUGAAUACUUUUAAUUAGCUGAAGAGGGACAGCAAUUAUAUACUUAAUGUGUUUAAACUUCUUUUGCCAUGUAGGUUGUGGUGUAGCUACUAGCUAGUUUUAGCUUUCCUUAUUAAACAAAAAUUUAUUAACCAAAUUUGUCCCCCUUCAUAUGUCUUUGUUUCUCAUUAAACUCACUCUGGUUGCCAUUAUUAAUGUUAGAAAUAUAAAAAUGUUGUAAAUGAUAUACUUUUUUGUAAAGUAACACCUUCUCCAGCCUAGCUAGAUAGCAUAUUCUAGAUGUAAUAGUCUAUUUAGUACUAGAUAAGUUAAGCAUAAUACAUCAACUUUUGACAGCAACAGCUAUUUUCAAAAAUUCAUAUUCAACUAUAUACAGCUCAAAAAAAAAAAAAAAAUUCCCACAGUUUGAAAUCAAUGUUAUUCAUACUGUGUAACUUUGUUUAACUGUAACCAUGACAACAAGCAGACUAGGUCUAUUGCUACAUUCAAAUGGAGUCAUGCAUUCACAGUGUUUACAAAUCUGUGGUAUUCGCGUCUUUAGGAGUCAAACUCUUCUGAUUACACCAAGAUACUCCUUACAGGGAUCCAGUUUCGCCUGCCUACUGCCUGUAAUGUUGAGCGAACGCAGGAACCAACGCCAGAACCAGCAGUGACGUUCACUCCGAGCUAUAAGAAAACACCUCCUCCGGUUCCUCCACGCAGCAUAAUAAAGCCGGUGAUCUCGGUCACAGCUCAGAGCAGCACAGAGUCCAUGCAGGAUGCAUAUCACGAAGGCCGUUUACCCCGCUUGCCCCGCAGCAGGGAUGUCUGGGGGAAAUAUGUCUCCACAGAGAGCUUGGACAGCGCCAAGGCGCUCACACUGGCCACAGAGGGAAGACGGUUGGUAUCCACAGGCAGCUAUACAUCAGUGCAGACCUGUGAUAAGGCUGUGCUCGUGUCGAAAGCAGAGGAAUACCUUAAAACGCCGCGUUCAUCUAUAGGAAUACAGGUGGAAGCAGUCACAGACUCAGAAGCAGAGAGUAAAGGACUGCCAAAGUAUCAGUCAGUGGGCAUCCAGGUGGAAGGCGAGAAACGCCAUGGACGUUUUAAGCGCUCAAACAGCGUGACAGCAGCAGUGCAGGCCGAUAUAGAGCAUGAGCUGUUCCGAUCAGUGGAGGAUAAGGUAGUGCAGUUUGGCGGCUUUCAGAGGCACUCAGAACCAAGCUCUCCUGCGCAAUACAGCGCCACACGCACCGUGCGCACACAGGGCAUCUUCACCUACCGAGAUGAUUACCGAGCCCCGAGCGGGCCACCGAGCCCACGUGCCGCAGCCUGGGUUGAGGAAACAGAAGAAGCAGAAACAGGCCAGGUGUCUUCAGUGCGUGCUGAUGGUAGCUGGUACAUGCAACUUCUGCACAAUGAGACCAAGCGCAUGGAGGCCUGGUGUAAAGAGAUGGAGCGUGAGGCUGAGGAGCACGAGCUGUCUGAAGAGAUUUUAGGAAAGAUCCGGAGUGCUGUUGGAAGUGCACAACUCCUCAUGUCACAGAAAUUUCAGCAGUUUUACUGGCUUUGUGAGCAAAACCUGGACCCGAGUGCAAUGCCCCGACCCACGGCUCAGGAUCUGGCUGGAUUCUGGGAUCUGCUGCAGCUCUCCGUUGAUGACGUCACAGCCAAGUUUGAGGAGUUGCAGAAGAUCAAGAGAAAUGAGUGGAGAACUGUGGAGGAACCAGAAGAGAAGGAGAGAAAGUGGCCUCCUCCAACGGUGAAAAGGCCGCCUAAAGGGCGUGGCGCCGGAUUGACACGUGACCGAUCUCUGGAUCUGCAGGACCGACAGAGGCAGGAGGCUCGACGCAGGCUAAUGGCCGCCAAACGAGCUGCUUCGUUUCGCCAAAGCUCAGUCUCGGAGAGGGCGGAUAGUAUAGAGAUUUAUAUACCAGAAGCCCAGACGCGACUAUGAAAUGCACGAUUACUCAUCCUGUCACCUGCACGUGCUGCUAUUACACACCCUGUUUACACAGGUUCACUCCCAAGCACCCUUAAUCACUCUUAAACACAUUCCUGAGCUCUCUAAGUGCACGUGUAAUCUUGAACAUGUUUCUCCACUGAUCCAAGAGGCUUCAUCAAUUUAUAAGUGCUCUGUCUGGUUUUCUCUGAAACUCUGUUCUCUGCAUAGUGCACUACUUUGGAAGUGUGCUAUUUUGUAGUUAUGUCUGUAUGCACAGGGGAGAAAAUCCAGUGCAUUCCAACAAUGCACUGCAAUAAGUAGUGUCUAAAUGAAUAUUAAGUAUGGGCUGCCUUUACAUACUUGUCUGAUGGUGUUAUUUCCCACAUGCAAAGUCAUUAAAAAGUCUUUGUGUUCAAGUGCGCUGCUAUCGAUAGCUAGCUAGUUAGCUAUCCUGAAAUGUUUUUUUAACAUUUAUUCCUAUUAUUUAGAAGUAAUGAAAAAGUGGUUAGAGAUGCUAUUUAUGGCCGGUUCACUGACUACUAAAGUAUUUUGUUUUUGAAAGAAGAAAAAAAAGACCAGAAGUGUCAUUUUCUCUAGCCUGAUGAAAUGUUAAAGAUCAGUAACCAAUCAGAAAAUUACGUAUAAAAAUGGUUUCUGGAGAUCCUACUUGUAACUUCCACUUAAGGGGAAGCUCAUGCUUGUUUCAUGAUAAAUUCUUAUACUGCAGAAAAG